AUGUUCAAUCCGUACAACCAUUGUCUCGUGAUGAGGGAGGGGGCGCGCCCCACUAGGGAGGCGCGAAGACAUCUACAGGUGGGCGCGGUUGCGGGCGGUGGUUAUCACUGCGGUCACUCGCGCGCAUACGUAUCGCACGCUCCUCAGUCCCUGCGCCGCCCGCGCCUUGCAAACACGUGUACUUUUGUUUCAAAGCGACUUGCUAUUGUGAGCCAAAAAAGCCAUACUAUCAGAGAAACACUCGUCAAACCCUGCUUACUGAAAGCAGCUGAUAUCGUUCUUGGACCAGAAACUAAACAAAAAUUUUCACAAAUACCUCUUUCUGACAACACUGUUAAACGUCGCAUUGAUGAUAUGGCUGAAGAUAUAAAAAAUCAGGUAGUUGAGGCCGUGAGAGAAUCAUGUUUUUUUGCAAUAGAGUUGGAUGAGAGUACAGAUGUUGCGCAAUGCUGUCAACUGUUAGUUUUUGUCCGAUACAUACAAAACGAAACAAUUAAAGACGAAUUGCUGUUUUCAACAGAGUUAACGACAACUUCGAAAGCAAUUGAUAUAAUGACAGCAAUCUCUGAAUUCUUUGAUAAACAUGAACUGUCAUGGAAAAAGUUGAUAGGCGUAUGCACAGACGGCGGUCCGGCAAUGCUUGGAUCUCGUUCAGGAUUCGUACAGUUGGUCAAAGAAAAAAAUCCCAACGUAAUUACCAUUCACUGUUUUAUACACCGUCAAGCCUUGGCAGCUAAAACACUUCCAAAGGAACUCUAUGACGUCUUAAAAUUAUACAUUAAAAUUGUUAAUGAUGUUAAAAAGAAUAUUUUUAAUUCAUUGAAUACUUUAAACUUGAAAUUACAAGGUGGAGACUCGAAAAUAAUUCAUCAUCGGGAUGCUAUCACACCAUACACCGAGAAGUUGCAACUGUGGAAACGCAAAAUUUUGACGUCUAACUAUUCCUGCUUUCCUAAAUUACUUCCGAUCACAGAAGAAGCGUGUUUUAAGGAGAUUUUGGACGUAAUUGAUACCACGAAUCAAAUAUCAAACCAUUUGCAACACCUCACGGACGAAUUCAAGCGCUACUUUCCCGACUCGUGCAACAAUAUUAUGUACCGAUUAGCGACCGAUCCUUUUCACGUCGACAUAGACAUGCUGCCAGAUACAUUACAAGAGCAAGCAUUAGAAAUCAAAAAUGAUUCUGCUGCCCAAUAUAAUUUUGAGAAGAUGGAUAAGGCACUAUUUUGGAUUAAAUAUCUCAAAGUUUAUCCCAGCACAGCAGAGCAGGCACUAAAAUUAUUUCUACCUUUUUCAAGCACUUAUUUGUGCGAAAAACCAUUUUCAGCAGUUGGAGCAAUAAAAACAAAGUAUAGAAGCAAAUUAGAUAUUGCUAGUGAUCUACGUUGUGAAAACUAUGCAAGCUCCAUCCGUCACAUUGAUUCUUCUUAA